GCUUCCGGUGCCGCUUUUUGUAAACAAAACAAACAUGUCUAAGGCUACAGAUAAGAAUAUUUAUACAUUUAAUGAUGAAAAGACUGUUGCUGAUCCAAUUUUAGAAUAUUCACCAACAAUUGCAGAAAAUAAAGUUCCUCUUGUUAUUGAUAAUGGGGGAUAUCAAUGUAGAGUUGGAUGGGCUACAGAAGAAAACCCCCAGUUUAUAUUUAAAAAUAUCACGGCUAAACAAAGAGGGAAAAAGGAAAAUGAGAUUCAAAUAGGUAAUGAUAUAAGUAAUAUAGAAGUAGUUAGAUGGAAUAUAAGAACACAGUUUGAUAGAAAUGUUGUUACUAUGUUUGAUGUACAGGAACAGAUAUUUGAUUAUGUGUUUACACACCUUGGUAUAACAACAGAAGGAAAGGUUGAUCAUCCUAUAGUUCUUACUGAACCUCCAUGUAACCCUAAUAUAUCUAGACAACAAAUGUCUGAGUUGUUAUUUGAAUGUUACCAUAUACCAGAAGUUACGUAUGGAGUGGAUGCUAUGUUCAGCUUUUACCAAAAUAAACCACUUGAGGAAAUAAACAAUGCUAUUAUUGUUGAUUGUGGUUACCAAGCAACACAUAUACUUCCUGUUUACAAGAAACAUCUACAUGCUGUCAACUCUCGUAGAAUUAAUUUUGGUGGAAUUCAUCUUGAUACGUUCAUGCAGAGAUUACUUCAGUUGAAAUAUCCAGGUCAUUUUGCCGCCAUUACACUUAGUCGCUGUGAGGGUUUACUACGUGAUCACUGUUACCUAGCAACAGAUUAUUUAAACGAGUUAGAUCAAUGGACGUCCACUGAGUAUUAUACAGAAAAUGUACACAAAAUACAAUUACCAUACAAUACAUCUUCAGGAAGUCAAUUAACUGCUGAACAGCAGAAAGAAAGAAGAUUACAACAAAUAAAACGACUAAAAGAAGUUAAUCAAAAAAGACGACUAGAGAAGUUGAAGAGUGAUGAGGAUCAAUUAAAAGAAUUAAUGGCAGUCCAAGAAUUGAUGUUAGAUGGAGACAAGCAAAAUUUUAUUAAAGCCCUGUAUACAGUAGGAUUAAAGACAUCAGAAGAACUACAACAAGAUAUUAAUAAAUUAACAAUAGGUAUACAACGUGCUCAAGCUAAAAUACUGGGAGUUGAACCACCUCCUGAAGAACCUGAGGUAAAGAAGCCAAUCUUUAAUCUACUCAAUAUACCUGAUGAUCAACUUACACAGGAACAGUUAGAAACAAAAAAACGACAACGUAUCUUAAAAAGUGCUCAAGAUGGUCGAGCUAAGGCACAAGCUUUGCAAAGAGCUAAGAGACAAAAGGAAUUAGAAGAAGAGAAGGUUCUAGAAGACAGACGUAAGAAUGAUUUCCUUGGCUGGUUGAUGGAGGUUCGUAACAAAAGACAGAAAAUAUUAGAGUCACGUAAUGUAAGGAGAAAGAAAAAGGGUGACAUGGCUAAACGCCGUACGUAUGCCUCACAACAACGGAUGAAAAUAAUCACACAGUUGGCUCAGAAGUCAUCAAAGAAAGAGGAUACAUUUGGUCAGAAUGAUGCAGAUUGGGAAGUUUAUAAAGAAAUUAAUCCUGAAAUGGGAACAAGUGAUUCUGAAGCAGAAGAUGAAAAACUUGAAGAAUUAGAGAAUAUGCUACGAGAACAUGAUCCAGAAUUUCAGAGGGAACUAGAUUUUGGUGGUUUACCAGGAGGAGAGUUUAAUUUAGCUGAAUAUUAUCAACUACAUUUAGCAGUAGAGAAAAUAAGAGUACCAGAGAUAUUAUUUCAACCAUCAAUGGUUGGUAUAGAACAAGCUGGUAUAGCAGAAUCUAUGGAUUACGUCCUUAAAAAAUAUCAACCUGAAGAUCAAAAUAAACUUGUAAAGUGUGUAUUUUUGACUGGUGGUAAUUCUAAUAUUCCCAAUUUUAAAGAAAGAAUGGAGAAAGAAUUACUAGAAAUGAGACCUUUUCAGUCAACUUUUACUGUUUACAAAGCUGCUAAUCCAAGUCUAGAUGCAUGGUUAGGAGCUAGAAAAUGGUCGCUAUCACCAUAUUUGAAAUCAUCAUGUAUAAGAAGAGAAGAUUAUAAUGAGAUGGGAGAAGGUUAUAUUAAAGAACAUUUACUAUCUAAUCAAUUCUUUCCUACACCUAUACUUGUACCUAAACCUACUCCAACAACAGUCAGUGGUGUAUCUUGAUUGACAGACUGGCAUAUCUUGACUGACACAAUGGUGUAUUUUGAUUGAGAUUAGUGUAGCUUGAUUGACAGACACAUUGGUGUAUUUUGAUUGACAGAUUUGUGUAUCUUGAUAAAUUGUUUUGAUUGACAGAUUGGUUUAUAUUGAUAAACCGUUGUUAAUAUUGGUGUAUCUUGGUAGAUUAUGGUAUAUUGGUUUACAGAUUGAUAGAUUGCUGUAUCUUGCAUGCUCGAUAUAUACACCAAUAAGAAAUGCAUUUAUUUUUUUUAUCAGACAACUGCUGGUUUCAUUUCAUUUAUCAGUCAAAUCACAUGUAGUUGUUACAGAUCUAUGUGUUUUUUGCUAUAGAUCUAUGUGUAAUUAUUAUAUAUUAUGCAUACUGUGUAUAAUUGUUACAAAUCUAUGUGUAAUUGUUUAAAGAUACAUUAGUUAGCAGUUUAAUCUGCCUAUUCCAAGUCUUUCGUUAGGCUUCAGAUGUUAUUGAAAUUAUUAAUUGGACCUUUAUUUACAUGACAAGCUCAAAAUCAACUCUGUAGAACCUCGGAGGGCAUAGACAAAGCUUGGAUUUAAAGAGUCGUCCAUUUGAUUAUUAAAUCAAUAAAUGACUGACCAAGCUAACGUUUAUCGUUAGUCCCUGACGUCACUAUCGGAGACUGCCGAUGAAAGGCCUGUCAAUCAAGUGUACCGUAGCCAUUGAGAAUGUUACUUGAUAAUCGAGAAUAUGUGGGUAGAGUUAUCUCUCUCAAUCAAAUGAUCGGCAAUUCUCGGAGACGGUGCGGAGACAGUUGAUGCCUAUUUUUAGUCCAAACUUCCAACCGUGACAACUCCAUUCAGAAUAAAGUAAUUUGACUGAAAUUUUCAAUAUUUUCUUUUUUUAUAUUUUAUUUUGAAAUUAAUAUAUCAAGAAUGACCAACUCUUUAUUAAACUUUUAACUAAUGUAUCUUUAACUGAUCUGUAUAUUUGCUAUGUAUUCGUGUGUUGUUUUUACAAAUCUAUGUGUACUGUAAUUGCUAUAUAUCUAUAUUUAAUUGUUACAUAAUUGUGUACAAUUAUUAUGUGUAUAUUUUAUUUUACAUAUAUAUUUGAAUUGUUGAAGAUUUGUGUACGAGAGUGUUUCAUGUAAAGAAGACUAUUAACUGACCAUACAGGUAUAGGGGAUUAGGAUAGGCGUAGAUGUGUCAUUAUACUGAAUAUACAUGUUUCAUAUCACUUUCAUCUAUUUUUUUAAAAACGAUCUUGUUUGUAAUUUUUCAGAAGUUGAGAUUAAAUAAAAACAAAAGCCUAGUGGGCUAGAAAA